AUGGGUUGCAUCUUUGACUUAUCGCUAUAUCAGAGUAAUUUGCACGGGGACUGCAUAAGGUGCUGUAAAGAACUGGGUUGCGAUUUGUGCAAGAAUGCAAAGGGAGGCAACAGAAUGAGCUGUAGUCAAUGCCAUUUUUCAACAGCACUUCUUAUAUUAUGGUGUUCCUUCUGCAGAACCUCUGGGCCAGAUGUGCAAUUGGGAUACGUGAUGGUGACGCCAAUGUCCAUGUCUGCUUGGGAGCAGUCGUCGCUGUCUUGGAGGGAUCGAGCCAUACUUGUGUGUCGAGGCUGGGUGCCAGAGAGCUGGAAGAAGAAAUCUCGCAAUCCAGAGUUGGCAGAAGAGGCAACGGCCUUGGCUGCAAAAACCGAAGGCGAAUCUGUUGUAGAAGGGGUCGUCAUGCGCAGUGAAGUGCCGAGCUACUUCGUUCCACAAAACACACCAAAGCAGGGAUCCUGGUUCUGGAUCGAUGUUCCAGAAAUUGCGAAGUCGUGUGGGCUGCCUGAGGAAACGGUGAUGGUGCAAGUCCUUGACAAAGGCAGUGACACCGAGGCGGUGGAGCUCAUUGACUCUGCAACGGGAGGCGUCAUAGGCGCACCCAUGCCUGAUGCGUAUCCAGUGGCCAAGCGCCUGGACGAGUUCGUGCAGUUCACCGUGAUGCCCAGAGACCAUCUGAACUAUGCCUUCAUCUGGUUCACUCUCUCAAUAGCGACAGCAAUCAUGGGCAUGAGGGCCAUUCGACAAAGAGCCUUGUGGAGGAUGCGUCAUGGGACGUGA